AGCUUUAACACACUACCUAGCUCCAACGACAUCAUGGCCGAGGAUCACCUCACGCCCUUGCCGAUGAAUAACUUCUUCUUUGACUGGCCUUUCUCUUGACACCUUCCAACUUCACCCCAACCGUCCAUACAUCAAUCAUCCAUCAUGGCUUCCGACAGAGUCAACCAGAUCGCAGCUCACCUCAACUACCCAAAGGGUAUGUUGCAAGGUCAAGUCGCAAUCAUUACCGGUGCCGGUCAAGGUAUCGGCGCUGAGAUUGCCAGACUCUUCGCCAAUGAGGGAGCUCGCGUCGUAGUUGCGGACAUUGACGAGAAAAAGUCGGCCAGCGUCGCUGACGCUAUCAACAAGUCCGGCGGCAAAGCCAUCGCCGUCGCCGGCGACGUCACAAACCCAGACUAUGCCACCACGCUCGUCAAGAAGACAGCAGAAUUCGGCAACGGCAAAAUCCACAUCAUCGUCAACAACGCCGGCUACACUUGGGACGGUGUGAUUCACAAGACAACAGACAAGCAAUGGCAAACCAUCGUCGACCUACACACCGGUGCCCCCUUCCGCCUCGUCCGAGCCGCCGCUCCCUACUUCCGCGUCAAAGACGGCGAGCCGCGCAACAUCAUAAACAUCUCCUCCACGUCCGGCCUGCACGGUAACGCUGGUCAGGCCAACUACGCCGUGGGCAAAGCCGGCAUCACAGGGCUGACCAAGACCAUUGCCAAGGAAUGGGGCCCCAGCUACGGCGUGCGCGCAAACACCAUCGCCUUUGGCUUUAUCCUGACACGCCUGACGGCAGCCAAGGAGGAGGGCGCGUUUGUCACAACCCCGGACGGCGAAAAAGUCGCGCUGGGCAUACCCGGCGCUCAGAAGAAGGCCAAGGAUGGCGAUAAGGGGAAUGAGUAUCCCGAUAUCCCGCUUAGGAGGCCUGGUACCGCCACCGAGGCUGCGAGUGCCGUGUUGGCGAUUGCGAGUCCGUUGAGCAGUUAUAUUAGUGGUCAGACGAUCAGCGUGACUGGUGGAAGGAAUAUCUAGAGGCGAGCGAGGAGCAUGGAGUUUUGAGUGGAUGAUUCGCAAAGGUUCACGGGUGUAAUCAAGGCAUAAGUCCACUGCUCUGAUUCCGCCUCAUUACUCUUCCUGAACUUGUGAUACAGCUCUCAUAACAUAGUACAGCCGACCAGACAGCCAGACAGCAAGUUUAACCUCAACCACCCCAAGAUCAGUACUCAGCAAGCCCUCGCCUUGCGCACCUUUACAUACUCAAGUGUGACGUCUGA